GCCUGAAGAGAAGGGUAACGCCAUGUCCUCAUUACGAACAUCCUCCGCGGCCGCGCGGUUGCUGCGUAGUGCGUCGCAAGCCCGCGCCGUCCUUCCUGCUUCGCGACGCUUCCAGAGUGCUGUCCACGUCCCAGCCAAGUCAGAGGAGGAGGACAAGGAAAAGAAGGAGCAUUCGCCGAUGGCCACGCUGCCCCGGAACUCGCCCGACUACAGCGUCCCAAUUGACAUAGCUACAUCCACCUUCACUCCCGUCCCGAAGCACAUCCAAGACGGCAGCGAGGAUGUCCUCCCCGCGGGCCUCCUAUCCGGCGCGCCGCUGGAGCUUCAGGCCAGGACAGUCCGCAUCUUUAAACCCUCUAAGCCGGCGACCCAGUCUGGUACCAAUAUCGGCCAGAGGUGGCGGAUGGACUGGGACGUUCUACCCAAAGGCCACAGAUGGGAAAACCCGCUGAUCGGCUGGCAAUCGUCAGGCGACCACAUGCAGGGCACCCACAUCAACUUUGACACCAAAGAGGACGCCAUCGCUUUUGCCGAGAAGCAGGGGUACGAGUAUUUCGUCCAGGAACCCAACGAGCGUCACUUCACGCCAAAGGCGUAUGCCAACAACUUUCUGUACUCUCCUGGCAAGUUGAAGCACAUCCGUACCAAGUAGGUGGCGGUGGGAGGAUUGAUGAGCUGGGAUUUGCAUUGUACAUACGUGGGGCAGAAGACUGCGUCGAUAGAAUGCCAUGCUGUCAACAGCUUCGGAAGAAUGUCGCGCACUGCAAGUUUCUUUCGCGAGAGAGAGCUCUAACUAUAUUGCACGCUGUACCGUGUAAAGUCCCGUUUCAGACGC